AUGGCUGACCAUUUCCAGCGUGAGAGAUCUCGCUCACCCCGUCGUCGCUCUUCCCGCAGUCCUCCCCGUCGCGCCCGUCGUUCGUACUCCCCACGCAGCCGCUCCCGCAGCCGUGACCGUGUUGAUCGCACUGAUACCCGUGACCGCGACCGCGACCGCGUGGAACCCCGUGAGCGUGACGAAUACCGUCGCCCCGAACGUCGCUCGCGAUCUCCCUUGAGUGCUGAAGGCGCUGCCGGACCCUCCGCUUCUCCCUACGGUGGACGCAGUGGAUACCCCCCGCUCGAUUCGAAGAACGUGCAAGACCGCCGGGUCUAUGUGGGCAACCUUUCCUACGAUGUCAAGUGGCACCACCUUAAAGAUUUUAUGAGACAGGCUGGAGAAGUUCUCUUUGCCGAUGUUUUGCUUCUUCCUAACGGAAUGUCGAAGGGAUGCGGGAUUGUGGAAUACGCAACCAGAGACCAAGCGCAAAACGCCGUCAACACGCUUAGCAAUCAGAAUCUGAUGGGUCGUCUUGUUUAUGUUCGCGAGGACCGUGAAGCUGAGCCCCGUUUCGUCGGUGGACCUCCCCGUGGAGACUUCGGUCCCGGUGCCCGAGGCGGUUUCGGUGGUAACUUCGGCGGCCACCCCAGCGCCGCUGGCCGUCAAAUUUAUGUCUCAAACCUCCCCUUCAACGUUGGCUGGCAAGACCUGAAGGAUUUGUUCCGCCAAGCUGCCCAACAGGGUGCCGUCAUUCGUGCCGACGUGCACACCGACCCAACUGGACGCCCCAAGGGCUCUGGCAUUGUUGCUUUCGAGUCUCCCGAUGAUGCUCGUAACGCCAUUGCGCAGUUCAACGGCUAUGACUGGCAGGGCCGUGCUCUUGAAGUCCGUGAGGACCGAUUUGCUGGCGGUGGUCCCGGCUUCGGCGGUGGCCGUGGAGGCUUCGGUGGACCCAUGGGAGGCCGUGGUGGCUUUGGUGGACCUAUGGGAGGUCGUGGCGGAUUUGCAGGACGUGGUGGGUUCGGUGGUGGUUUCGGCGGCCGCGGUGGGUUCGGUGGCCCUCCUCAAGGUGGUCCCCCUCACGGCGGCUACCCUGGCGGAUUUGACCAGGUUCCCCCUGUUCCCGCUGGUCCCCCCAACCCUUUCACUGACUACGCUACUUCAAAUGGCGACAAGAGUGCUGUGAUCUACGUUCGCAACCUGCCCUGGUCUACUUGUAACGAGGACCUGAUCGACCUGUUCUCUACUAUUGGCAAGGUUGAGCGUGCUGAGAUCCAGUAUGAGCCUAACGGCCGUUCCCGCGGCACCGGUGUCGUCCAGUUCGACACCCCCGACACUGCUGAGACCUCCAUUGCCAAGUUCUCCGGCUACCAGUACGGCGGCCGUCCACUUGGCAUCACUUUCGUCAAGUACAUGAACGCCGGCGUCCCUAGCCACGACGACAUGAUGGAAGGCCAGGAGCCCACCGGUCUGACUCAGGACCAGAUCAUGUAA